UCCCCGGGGGCGGUAUCGUAAGAAACACCGGGGCAGCCCCUCGGUUCGGGGCCGCGGCCGGUGCCGGGAGCCCCGGGCGGUGCCGGGGCGGAGCCGAUCCCGAUCCCGGUGCCGAUCCCGGUGCCGGUGCCGGGGCUCGGGGGCGGCCGGAGCGGGGCAGCGGCGGAGCCCGGGGCAUGGCGGGCCUGGGGGCCCCGGAGCCGGGCAGCGGCCCCGGCCCCGUCCCGGCCACCCGGGUGGAGCUGACGGUGUCCUGCAGGCAGCUCCUGGACAAGGACACCUUCUCCAAGUCAGACCCACUCUGUGUGCUCUACACCCAGCGCCCCGGCAGCAGGCAGUGGCGGGAGUUCGGCCGGACCGAGGUCAUCGACAACUCCCUGAACCCGGACUUUCUGCGCAAGUUUGUCCUCGACUACUUCUUCGAGGAGAAACAGAACCUCCGCUUCGACCUGUACGACGUGGACUCCAAAAGCCCCGACCUCUCCAAGCACGAUUUCCUGGGCCAGGCCUUCUGCACCCUGGGUGAGAUCGUGGGCUCGGCCGGCAGCCGCCUGGAGAAGCCCCUGACGAUGGGGACCGUCACCACGCACACCCGGGGCAGGAGACCCGCUCCGGCCGUCUCCAAUGGCGGCAUCCCUGGGAAGAAGUGCGGCACCAUCAUCCUCCUCGCCGAAGAGCUGGGCAACUGCCGGGACGUGGCCACGCUGCAGUUCUGCGCCAACAAGCUGGACAAGAAGGAUUUCUUUGGCAAAUCCGACCCCUUCAUGGUCUUCUACCGCAGCAACGAGGACGGCACCUUCACCAUCUGCCACAAGACGGAGGUGGUGAGGAACACGCUGAACCCGGUCUGGCAGGCAUUCGCCAUCCCGGUGCGGGCCCUCUGCAACGGCGACUACGACCGAGCUAUCAAGGUGGAGGUGUACGACUGGGACCGCGAUGGCAGCCACGACUUCAUCGGGGAGUUCACCACCAGCUACCGGGAGCUGGCACGGGGACAGAGCCAGUUCAACGUCUACGAGGUGGUGAACCCCAGGAAGAAGAUGAAAAAGAAGAAGUACCUGAACUCGGGGACGGUGACACUGCUCUCCUUCGCCGUGGAGUCCGACCACACUUUCCUGGACUACAUCAGGGGCGGGACCCAAAUCAACUUCACGGUGGCCAUCGAUUUCACCGCGUCCAACGGGAACCCCUCGCAGUCCACCUCGCUGCAUUACCUGAGCCCCUACCAGCUCAACGCCUACGCCAUGGCCCUCAAGGCGGUGGGCGAGAUCAUCCAGGACUAUGACAGUGACAAGAUGUUCCCCGCCCUCGGCUUCGGAGCCAAGAUCCCACCGGAUGGACGCGUGUCCCACGAGUUCCCGCUGAACGGCAACGCGGACAACCCGGCGUGCAGCGGCAUCGAGGGCGUCCUGGAGGCGUAUCACCGCAGUCUGCGCAGCGUCCAGCUCUACGGACCCACCAACUUCGCCCCCGUGGUCAACCACGUCGCCCGCUCGGCGGCGGCGGUGCUGGAUGGGUCGCAGUACUUCGUGCUGCUCAUCAUCACCGACGGCGUCAUCUCAGACAUGGCGCAGACCAAGGAGGCCAUCGUCAACGCUGCCAAGCUCCCCAUGUCCAUCAUCAUCGUCGGGGUCGGCCAGGCUGAAUUCGAUGCCAUGGUGGAGCUGGACGGUGACGACAUACGCAUCUCCUCCCGCGGCAAGGUGGCCGAGCGCGACAUUGUACAGUUCGUCCCCUUCCGCGACUACGUGGAUGGGGGGGACAGCCCGGUGCUGAGCAUGGCCCGCCUGGCCAAGGACGUCCUGGCCGAGAUCCCCGACCAGUUCAUCUCCUACAUGAAGGCGCGGGGCAUCAAACCCCAGCCGGCGCCCCCCAGCCCCGACUCCCCCGGCCCCCCGAUGCCACCCCAGCCCUGACCGCACCCAGCCAGCACCCCACGUCCCCCCCACCCCAGCCCCGGGGCUUGGAUGGUUUUUCCGAGACCCCCCUUUCCUUUUUCAAGGGAUAAAAGGAAGCAGGACCCUGCCAGGCCCGGGAUGGGGUUCCCCCCCACCCCCCAUAUAUCACCGUUCCGGGGGCGGGGGGGUGUGGGUGGGAUGGAGGGGCCUCCGCUGGUGUUGGCUGAGCAUCCCUGGCCGUGGUGGACCCCACCCCCACCCCACUGUCCAGCCGGGACCAUCAUGGCUCGUCCCCAUCCUGGCACUCCCUGGACCAGUGCUGAGGGCCGUAUCCUGCCCCACAGAAAAGGGGGCAGGGGGUCCCUAUCCCCCCCCUUGAGCACAGAGCCGGGAUGGGCAGGAACCCCCCCAGGUAUUGGGUCCCCUCCGGUGGCCCCGGUGACAUUCAAAGCACCCCCAUCCCAUCCUCAGCCCCCCAGGGGUGACGCAUGCCCCCCCCCCACCCCACCAGCCCCCCCAGACCCACAGGCACCCCCUGCCCUCCCGCAGGCUGCUCCCGGGGGGUUCCCGGGUCCAUUUUUGUGUGUGUGUGUGUGUGUCCCCCUUCACUUUUCUACUUGCAUGGACGGUCCCCUUGCCCCCCUCCCCGUGUCAUGUGUGCGUCUGCUGUGGGUUGGUGUUGAGUUGCCUUAAAUCGGAAUAAAUUAUAGUCUUUUUAAUUACCGCCACCCCUGCGGAGCAUCCCCAGGGUCCAUCCCCGCCCCCGGCAUCGCCCCUGCGAGGGAUGACCCUCCCCAAGUCCAUCUGUCCAUCCGUCCCCCCCGACACAGAUCAGGGCACACAGGAUCCGUUUUGGUUUUAUUUCUAAUAACCCAAAUAUUGCAAAUAUACAGAAAAAUACCAGUACAAAGUUAUAACACAUCCAGGUUUAUUUACAGGACUCUGCACAGGCCUCGGUGUGUCCCCCCCAGCCGGGCCGGGGGGGGCGGGGGGGGGGCGCAGGGCUAUGGCUUUUAGUUAGGGGGUUACGCUCCGUCCCCGUCCCCAGGCGAGGCCCACGGGGACGCUGAAGCACAUGCAGGAGGUGCUGGGGCCACGGCCCCCCCGUCCCGCCGGCGCUCGGUGGGCCGGUGCCGGGGGGGGGGGGCGGCAGGCUUGGCCCCGUCACUGGGGCGAGAGCGGAAGCCAUGUGUCACGACAGCACGGCCCUAUCGCGAGAGCGGCGGUGGGUUGCAUAGUGGGGAGGGGGGGGGUCUGCAACUCCCCACCCUGCUGCACCCCCCUCCCCCUGCACCCCACGAUGCAGGUGGGGGGGGUCAGGCAAAGCCCCCGCACCCUGGCUGAGGGGGAGGUUGUUGUGGGGUGCAGCUCUCCCCCCCUCCCCAAAAUAAAAGGGGCUUUCCAGUGUAUGGAGACUCAAACAGUGCUGGGACCAAAACCUGGCAGGGUGCAAGCUGGGGGGGGGGCUGGGGUGGGCUGCCAGCCCACAGCGCUGGGGCCAGGCAAAGGACUGACCCCCACGCUUGGGGUAGGGGGCUGCUCUCAGCCCCCCGCCCUCCUGCCUGCGCCCUGCCUGCACCGCUGCCGGCUUGGGGGGGCCGGGGGCUGAGCCCCCACCAGCCGCUCGGUGAAGAGCUUCAAGCUUUAGUACAUUAUUGCUGCGUUUCCCUCGGCCAAGGCCAGCCCGGGGGGGGGGGCCAGAGCCGGGUCGUCACCCCAUGGCCAUGGGGAGCCCCCCCAAAGCUGGGGGGGCGUGGGGGAGGGGCUGGCAGGAGCACAGGCAGCCCGGCUCGUAUUGCUUUGGAGAAGGCAGCCAGGAGCUGCAGGCCAGCCUGGCUGCUGCCCCCACCUCGCCCCCCGGCCGCCGUCACACCUUGGGGCUCAUCCCCAGCACCCUGGGGAUGACACGGCUGUUAGAGGGGGGGUCGGGGGGCUGCUCACCCCUGGGGGACGGCGGUUCCUACUCUGUCAUCCUUAAAAUAAAACAGCCCAGAAAAGGGAAAAAUAAAAAACCAUAAAA